GUAUCAAAGUCUGUAAGGUUUCCCCUACCUCUCUGUUCACUGUUACUUAUAUUUCCUUUCCCUCAGACAUCUAGUCUUUGGAGUUUUCUCUACUUUGUCUGUAGACAUUUUAAUGCAAGAAUUCUGCAAAGCUGUUAAUGUCGAGGCUGCCUUUUACCAAUGGAAUUCUUAAUACAAGUGCUUCUCUUGUGCUGUGUGACUUUGGAAAUCUAUGGAACAGGCCAAGAGGAUGCGAGACCACUACUGACAACAAAGUAUGGGCAACUCCUGGGAAAAACAGUGAAUGUAAGGGGAGCAGACCGACAUGUCCAUGCUUUUAUGGGAGUCCCUUUUGCAAAGGCUCCUGUUGGUCACUUAAGAUUCUCUGAUCCACAACCACCUGAACCAUGGAGUUCUAUCAGGGAGGCUUCGGCCAUCCCUCCUAUGUGUUUACAACAUCAAGAAGGAAUGGAACACCUUAUAAAACUGUUCAAAAUUGAAUUUGCGUUGCCUUCGAUUUCAGAGGAUUGUUUGUACCUUAAUGUAUUCACUCCAGCUGACAGAAAGGAGAAUUCAAAGCUACCUGCAAUGGUGUUUAUACAUGGAGGAGGGCUGGUCAUGGGACUGGCAUCCAUGUUUGAUGGCUCUGCUUUAAGUGGCUAUGAAAACAUUGUUGUGGUUUCAAUUCAGUACAGACUCGGUAUUUUGGGAUUUUUCAGUACUGGAGAUAAAGAGGCACCAGGAAACUUUGGAUUUCUGGAUCAAGUUGCAGCUCUAAAAUGGAUUCAGGAAAACAUAAAGGAUUUUGGAGGUGACCCAGAAUCAGUUACUAUAUUUGGGCAAUCUGCGGGUGGCUUAAGCGUUUCCACACAUGUGUUAUCGCCCCUGUCUAAAGGAUUAUUUCACAGAGCCAUAGCUGAGAGUGGUGUUGCUUUGCUUCCUGGACUGGUGGCCAGUAAGACUGAAGAAGUUCUUUAUGUUCGUGAUUUGGUUGCCUAUAUAUCUGGUUGUAAUAUUUUGGGUCUUGUAGACUGUCUGAAAAAGAAGUCAGAAGAAGAGAUUAUGGAGAUUUCGGCAGCAAUGCAAUUUACAGCUUUACCUGCCUGUGUUGAUGGUGUGUUCCUUCCCAAACCUGUAGAAGAAAUCUUGGUUAACAAGGAGAGCAAUCGGGUUCCUUUUUUGAUUGGAUUUAAUAACCAUGAGUUUGGUUGGAUGCUUCCAAUGGCUCUCAACAUCAGUGGUUUCAGGCAAGGAAUGGGGAGGACUGACGUUCAGUCAGUAAUAAGUGCUGUUCCUCUUUUGCACUCAGGUUCCAGUCUCAUUCCUUUGCUAAUGAAAGAAUACUUUGGUGACACGAAUGAUCAAAUAGAAAUCAGGAACAAUUUUCUGGAACUGAACGGGGACAGCUUAUUUGGUAUACCGGCCCUGAGAACAGCUCAGUAUCACCGAGAUACUGGGCUUCCUGUUUACUUCUAUGAAUUUCAGCACCGUCCUUCAAUAUAUGGAGAUUCUAGAGAUGACUUUGUUAAAGCGGAUCAUGGUGAUGAACUUUACUUUGUUCUUGGUGGUCCCUUUCUGAAUGGUGAUGCAUUUUUUCAAAGUGAUGGAACAGAUGAAGAAAAAAUACUUAGUAAAACAAUGAUGAAAUAUUGGGCUAACUUUGCUAGAAAUGGGGAUCCCAAUGGACCUGGUUUGGCACAAUGGCCAAAAUAUGAUGAGGAAGAAGAUUAUCUAGAGAUCAACCUGAAACAGAAGUCAUCUCGGAGACUAAAGGAUGGAAGGCUUAAGUUUUGGACCAUCACUCUGCCUGAAACAAUUAAAAUGAUUAAGGAAAAGAAACAGAUGCACACAGAGCUCUGA